AUGGCUCCCAGGGAAGAAUCGAAGGCUGAUGACAAGGCCCCGGUGGAGAAGAAGGCUCCGGCGGCGAGAAAAGCACGGGCGAAGAGAGCGCCCGCUCCGAAGAAGCAGAAGCAGGGGACUCCGGCGGAGAAGAAGGCACCGGCGGCUAGAAAAGCACGGGCAAAGAGAGCGCCAGCUCUGCAGAAACAGAAGCAGGAGACCCCGCCUGCGGAGACGCGUGACGAGGAGACCGACCUCGAUGUUGAAUCCGACGAUGUUAGCGAAGAUGGCCAGGACUCUGAGGACGGCCUGCCCAAGCCACGAGCGAGAAAAGUGGUCAAGACUCGUAACCUGCCUUGGAUCAACCCACCCCGACCCACGCUGAAGAUCCCGUACCUGCGGGACGGAUAUGUCUCUGACCCUCUCGACGAACCUGAGCUGAGUUUCCGGGCCGCAGAUGGCACCUGGCCCAAGGCGACCACAUCUAUGUACCCGAGCCCUCCCACUAACCACAGACUCCUCCAAGCUAUGGCCCCCACGAUGCCGAACGGUGUAAGCCAGAAAUCAGACGCCAACCCUGCGGCUCAGAAGCCUACCAAACCGUCUGUAAAAGGCAAGGCACCAGCCAAGAGAGCGGCAGCCAAGGGACGGACCACAAUGGCACCGCCUCAGGCGGUGCCGUCAAAGAGAACGGCCCCCACCAAGUCCCGCCAGCCGGUGGUCGGAAUCUGGACCAUUCCCCCGCGCCCCACCACCACCGGCCCAGCCAAGAAGACUACGUCUCUCAGCACCUGGCUCGACUCCCAGCAUGGGCGAGGACAUAAAGACCUGCCAAUCGAGAUCGACUCAGAAACCGAUCAGGAUUUUACGUCUUACGCAAGCCCGGCCAGUACCGCAACGAGACGGGGAGAACAGCACCAGCCCCUCGAGGUCCAGUCAGAUGAGGAGUCGUCCCUUUUUGUCGAACAGACGCCCAAGCGCCGCCGCUUGGCCUAUGAGGACGGAGACGACCUCUACGACGCCUAG